GUUAUUACCGUCAGUGUGUUUGUUAGGUAUCAACCAAAUUUGUACAUAUUUGCUUUGAAUAGUAACAUAGUUGGGUAUUAUUACAUUACAGUGUCCAAAAAAGAAGACUACAAGCGUGUGAAAAUUCCAUUUUCCGUCUGUUCCCUCUUUUUAACUGUUAAAAGUGAAUGAUCACCUACUUUGCGUGAUUUCUCUACAACUUCGAGUGGUGUUGUCUACUUUUUCUAUUUUUCUACAAGAAUCAAUUGUUAUUGUGUUAAUGUAGAGAGAGAGAGGGGGAUCACAAGUUUCUCUCUUUUGUAAGAUAGCUUUCAAGUCCAAAUCUUUCUGCCAUCUUCCUAAUUCCUCCGUUCCAAGAAAGGAACCAUGUUCCGGAGAAAGUCGUCUCACACGAAUCAGGCUGAUGAUUCUGCAAGCCGUGAUGCAAAGGUUAGCGAGUUAAGAGUGGCUCUUGGACCUCUAUCUGGGCGAAGCUUAAAGUUCUGUACUGAUGUGUGUCUGAGGCGAUACUUAGAAGCUCGAAAUUGGAACCUUGACAAGGCAAAGAAAAUGCUCGAAGAGACUCUCAAAUGGAGAUCCAACUAUAAGCCUGAAGAAAUUCGUUGGCAUGAAGUGGCACAUGAAAGUGAAACUGGCAAAGUUUUUAAGGCCAAUUUUCGUGACCGACUAGGCAGGACUGUACUUAUAAUGAGGCCUGGGAAACAGAACACAUCAUCUCCGGAAGGUAAUAUUCGUCAGCUAGUCUAUCUGAUGGAGAAUGCUAUCCUUAACCUGCCAGAAGGCCAAGAACAAAUGUCUUGGUUGAUAGACUUCAAUGGAUGGUCAUUAAACACCAACAUUCCCAUUAAAACUGCAAGAGAUAUUAUCUACAUUUUGCAGAAUCACUAUCCAGAGAGGCUUGCAAUAGUUGUUCUUUAUAGUCCACCUAGAUUAUUCGAGGCAUUUUGGAAGGUAGUGAAAUAUUUUAUUGAUUCGAAAACAUUUGAGAAGAUCAAGUUUGUGUAUCCGAAUAACAAAGAUAGCGUGGAGUUGAUGAAGACUUUUUUCGAUACUGAGAAUCUUCCAAGUGAGUUUGGGGGGAAAGCCACAUUGAAUUACGAUCAUGAAGAAUUUUCCAAAUUGAUGGCUCAAGAAGAUGUCAAGACUGCUAAAUUUUGGGGUUUGACGAGGUGACAUCUCAUACUAAUGAUGAGCAAAGGUCAUGCCUGGUCAGUGACUGUUGCAUCAUCUGCAAGCUAAGCAAGUGCAGAAAGUCUACAAUAAUUAAACAGUGUAUUGUGAAAUUUGUGCAUUGUCAAAUCUUUUCUUUAUAAAUACUUUCUCAUCUUAUUCUGCCACAAAAAUUGACUAAUUUUAAUUAGUCUCUUGUUUGAACAGUGGACAUAUGCCAAUAAUUAUAAUUUUUAGUGGAA